AUGGCAGACGAACAAGUUGAAUUAGCAUCAAAAGAUGUUUUUGUUUUACUGGGAGUCUCUGCUCCUGAAAAUCUAGAAAUUGGAACUAAACGACAAGAACAAGGUGAUACAAAAGGCGAUGAAAAUGAAUCAGUUUUUACGCUUGAUGAAGAAGACAAAACUAAAUUUAUGACUGUUGUUGCGCCACUGGUUAUCGAUGUAACACCAAAAGAAGAUUUGGACAAUAGUUCUACUGAUAGUUUAACUCAAACUGAAAUAGAAGAACAAAGAUGGUAUAAUCCGGCAUUGAACACAGGACUAGAAAAAUCCGAUUUUGAAAGUUUAAAAAGACUGUUAGCAGAAAUUAAGAAUACUGAUCCGACGAAAACCCUGGCUGCAUUGACCAAACUUAAAGCGGAAAAAAUAUUAGAGGGACCUUAUCAAAACAUGUUUAUUGCUUUAAAUGGUUUCAAASUGUUGAUUAACAUACUUGAAUGUAACAAUGACGAAUGCAUGGAAAACGCUUUGAUAAUUGUACAUGAAAUGUCCCAACAUUACGGAAUCCAAUGCUCAUUGUGUAAAUUGGACGCAGUGAAGCCUUUGAUUUCUAUUUUAUUAUUCAAAAAUAACUACAAAGUCAAAUACUUGGCUUCAGAUACGUUACAGAACAUCGCGAAAUUGAAGAGAGGUAGGAAGCUUAUCCGACUGAGUGGUGGAAUUAAGACCAUGGUGCAAAUGAUGAAUGUAUCAAAACAUGUAUUAUCCAUGGAUUUGAAUAGUAUGAACGAGACAAAUCGGGAUACAGUGAGCUUGAUGAACUGCUGUUCUGGUACACUAAGACAGUUGUGCCGGUCUUUAAAAAGCCAAAAACAGUUGUGGGAAACGGGGUUCGUGCAGCUGUUAUCACCACUGUUAAACUCAAAACUUGGCGAAACCCAAGUUUCUAUAAUGAGUUUAUUAGCGGAAUGUUGCCGUACUCGGCCAGAGGUCGUCGAACAAAAAAUAGACAUACAUACUAGAGUAGCACUUAAAGAGAUGAAUAUUUUGCAACAAGUCAUACAGUUUUUGGUCAGUGAUUCUACCCAGCUCGCGGAAAAAGCAGCCGAAACGAUACUGUGUAUGUUCGACGGUAACCCUGCUAUAUACGACAUUUUGCUGAAACACAAGGGGAUGGAAGCCUUAUUCAAAGCUGUUAUAAAAUUCCAGAACGACGAAAACGUUAUGGUAUUGAUCAUCACCGUGCUGUGGAAAAGCUCAUUGMACACGAAAUGCAGAAAAGUAAUCGAGAAAGAUAACAUCGUAAAUUAUCUGCUGGAACUGUUGACAUACAAAUUUGAUGACCGAGUGAUAGGGUAUGCAGUCGCCACGCUGUCUGAACUGUGGGAAUCUGARCCAUUGCGUUACAAGCUCAGACAAUCAGCAGUGCCUCAGUAUCUGGAACUGCUCAAUACUAGCCUCCAUAGCCUGGUGUUGGCGCACGUAUGUACAGCUAUAGGCCGGGCGUCUAGCGACCCGCAGUGCAUGAAAAUGAUCGAUGAAGCUGAGGGAUUUCGGCUGAUUUUCGUACUGUUGCCGUCCUUGGACGUGGAUGAGUUUGACAAAUACGAAGAUUUCGACGAACCACAAACGAUUAUAGCCGCUGCUGAAUGUCUGGCUAUGAUGAUCGAAAACACUCAGUUCAGUCUGAACCCUCUCAAGGGAAUGUACGAAGCGAUUUGUGACCUGGUAGAUUUAUUGACGCACAAGAAUUUGGAUAUUUUAGCGGCAGUUUGUCAUUUGAUCGACGUAAUCGCUACGUUCGAUGAGAAUUCGAAAAUAAUGGUCGACGCUGGAAUCGUCGAAAAUUUGGCAAAACUUGUAUCCACAGAGCAUACGGAGUUGAGAGCCAAUCUCUGCAAAGCUUUGGGUAAAUGCUGUACCGUUGGUGUAACUGCGCGUAGAUUUAGCUGCAAACGCAUUAUAGAUAAAUUAAUUAAGUACACGCAUUCUGAGCACAAAGUAGUUAGAGACAACGUUCCUCUUGCACUUAGCGGAUUAUCCGAGGACCCAUUAAAUUGUGUAAGGAUCGAAGCGUUAGGAUUUCUUCCGUUUUUGAAAGAAUGCAUACAUUCGGAAAAUUCUCAAACGGCAAUGGCUGCUGUUAACUGUUUGAGCAACGUAAGGAAAGCAAGCGCAGCUAUAGGCCAGUUUCAAGAAUGUACGAAGAAGCAUUGA